GCACCGAACAGAGCCAGGGGGGAGAGAGAGUGGAACAGAAAAAGUAGAUCGAUUGAGACUGAAACAGAGAGAUCGAAACAUCGGAGAAAGAGAUGGGAACAGAGACAGAGAGACAUCAGAAUUCCAGACAGAGGAGGAAACCCGGAAGCAUGAAGAACGGCCAAAAAGAAGAAAGUAGUGGCAGCAAACGCACAUGGAUGGAGCAUCUAUGUACAUUGCCAAUCAUACAUCUUCUCUCCAAGAAGAAAGUGCGAGGAGAGAGAGACUUGAACGAAAAAGUAGAUCCAGAGACUAAGCCUGAAACAAAGACAGUGAGACAUCAGAAUUGCAGAGAGAGCAAGAAGAUGAGGGAACCCGGAAGAAUAAAGAACGGCCAAAAAGAAGAAAGUAGAGGCAGCAAACGGACAUGGAUGGAGCACAUAGAGCAGUGUUUAAAUUUUAUUUGUAAAUGGCCAAUCUUGCGACAUCUUCACAUCAGGGCAACAAAUGGUGAAGAAGAAGAAAAAGAAGGAAGCAACAACGACCAAAAGAUGCUAAUUGCAAAAGAUGAUGACAUAAAAAUCGAGGAAACUAGCAGCAACAGUGAAAAAAAGGCACAUAUGACUGAUGAUGAUGAUGAGAGAAGAGUAACGAACAUUAAAGAACAAGGAAUAAGUUACAGUAAGUGGUCGCAAGUGGGAGAUGAUAUCUUGGGCUUGGUUCUGGAACACUUAUGCCUCAGUGAUUACCUUCGAAGCCGAGCUGUAUGCUCAAGUUGGCAGUCCAUUGUCAGUAAAUACGUUGCCAAGAAGCAGUGUCUUCCACAGCCUGAACUGCCACUUCUUUAUCUUCAAACAAUGGACAGCCAAAACUUUCCAUUUUUCAUCUUACCCACAGCAAGUGUCUUCAAGUUCAACUACACAGUCCCGCCACUCGAAUUCAUCCAUUAUUGCUAUGGCACAGUACAAGGUUGGAUGAUCAUGAUUGAAGCUUCCCGCAAUUAUUUUGACGUUCCUGAAACCGAUGUUCAGAUCUUCUUCUUCAACCCAGUGACGAAGGCUAAGGUUUACUUGUCGUCAAGGUUGAAAGUGAAAAGUAAAAUUAAACGAAUUGUGGCAUCGACAAACCCCAAUGACCCAAACUGUGUUGUGGUAUGUAUCUUUUACCUCCAGAAUAUUUUCGCCUUCAGAUGGAUUUCGGAUGAGUCAUGGACUAUAGUCGUUGAAGAUCUUAUGACAAGGAUCACCUUCAUGCACGUAGAGAUUCUCCAUGGAAAAUUGUAUGCUCUGACCAACGAAUCUAAAAAUUCUUUAAUUUCUUAUGACUUGAAAAAACAACCUCUAAAACCUGAGAUAUUAGCUAGGCUUCCUCUAGUAGUACCUAACAUUAUUAGGACUGAGAUAGUUCCCCCUUGCUAUCUUAAUGAAGUUCGCCCUAGGUACUUUAUAGAAGCUAAUGAUCACAUUCUUAGGACUCUGGCCGUUGAUUCUUCAUCUGGAGAACUGUUGCUUAUUUACUUGUAUUACACCGCAUUCUUUACGUACAAUUGUGGGGGCCAUGAGGCAAAGGAGUUUGCUAAUCCGCCUGAGAUUGUAGACAGUAAAGUGUUCAAGUUGGACAUGAGUGACGAACCUAGUUGGACUGAGGUUGAAAACUUAGAAAGUCUUGUGUUGUUUGUUGGCUACUGGAAGACUCUUGCAUUAUCGUUACGCGUUGCUCCUCAUAUUCCUCAAGAGUUUAUUAAAGAGAAUUGCAUAUAUUUUUCUUAUCGGUUUCCAUGUAUUGAAGGCACGGACAAAUGGAAGGGCUUGAAAAUUGGGAGACAUUGCAGGACUGAAAGAAGGAUUGAAUACUAUGCAUUUGAAAGAUCAAGUUUUACUGACGUGCCUUGUCCUGUUUGGUUCAUACCAAAUCUUUGAUAACCCUCACAUUUAGCUACAUGUUACGUAUUGAAGAUCUUGUCUUAUAUAAGAAACAUCAUUGUUGUCCUAAACGUUAUUGUCUUCCAGGUGAUCCACAUCUAUCUUGUGUGUGUUUUUUUUUUAUUUGCACGUUUCAUAAAUUUUGGUUAUCUAAAUUAGAAUCUAC